UGUGCGCGCGCGAGUCCUCGGUGCGCCGAAAAUCAAUAUAGGCUCUACCGUCAUUUUUCUUACGGGCUUUUUCCCUCCUCGUUUUCAGUUUAAUUUUUCCGCCCGCGACGUUCUCGCGCAUCGACGACUUUCCGCGACACUGCGCUAAAUCUUCUUUAUUAUUAUUAUUGAUAUCUCGUCGUCGUCGUCAACCGUUGUUAUUACCCGGACAACCGCACAUUGUCGCAGAAGCAGAGCAAAAAAAAAAAACGGUCCACCGAGUCCUCCGAAUACCGUGUACUCGUAAGUUUUCAAAUACGCGCGCGAAAAAUUAAAAUAUAUUAAUUAAAAACGCCGCGCGCGUUUCGUUCGGAUCUGGUGAAUCCGCGACACCAGGUGGCGCCCCGUCGUCGUUCUCACCGCCGUCGCGUAUAUCGAUUGGGCUUUUGAUCCUUUUCGCUCGCCGUGUGUCCGUGUGUAUACCUUCGCCCGCGCGCGAGUGCGUACGUGCAGUGUGUGUGUGUGUGUGUGUGUGCGUGUGUGUGUGUGUAUGUGUGUGUCGUUCAUGUGAGUGUGUGCGUGUUUCCGGAACGUACCUCCUACACGUACACAGCCGCCACCGCUGCUGGUGCUACUGCUGCCGCCGAUGAUAAACGUUUGAACUCGUGGAGGAACGGACUUGUCGAAGUUUUCGUGCCGUACAGUGUGGGAGGCGUCACGAGCACUCUCCCACCCCUCGUCCAAUAGUAUAGUCAUUGUCGAGUUUCGCACGAGCGAUAACCGUUUUUUGUCGGGUGUACAGCGAAAAUGGCCGGCCAAGACGGUAAAUGGCAGAAGGAAGGGUCUGACCAAAACUUUGAUUACAUGUUCAAGUUGCUCAUCAUCGGCAACAGUAGCGUUGGAAAGACUUCGUUCCUGUUUCGAUACGCCGACGACAGUUUCACGUCGGCUUUCGUAUCCACGGUCGGCAUAGAUUUCAAAGUAAAAACCGUGUUUAGGCACGAUAAAAGAGUCAAACUUCAGAUAUGGGACACGGCGGGCCAAGAACGUUACAGGACCAUCACGACGGCAUAUUACAGGGGCGCUAUGGGGUUCAUACUGAUGUACGACAUCACAAACGAGGAGUCCUUCAACAGCGUACAGGACUGGGUAACACAGAUCAAGACGUACUCUUGGGACAACGCGCAGGUGAUACUGGUGGGCAACAAGUGCGACAUGGAACACGAACGUGUGAUAUCGUACGAGCGAGGCAAAACGCUGGCCGACGAACUGAACAUCGAAUUCUUCGAGACGUCCGCCAAAGAUAACCACAAUGUCAAGGCCGUGUUCGAACGACUCGUGGACAUCAUAUGCGACAAGAUGUCCGAGAGCUUGGACUCGGACCCAACACUGGUGGCCGGUGCCAAGGGCACCAGGCUAACUGAACAACCGCAAGGUCCGAACAAUCCGAAUUGCAACUGUUAAAAGUCUUAUACCCGGUUUCGGAUACCCACCACGGCCCAACGAGAUACUUCAAACAACAAAACCCGUUACAGCAGUACCGAAACACAAAAAGACAGUUAACAAAAAUUAAAAAUUAAAAAAAUAUAUAAAAACCAAAUUUUCAAACAAACUAAUAAAACCAAAACCAAUAACUCGUGAACAACGGGUCGUUCAUAUAUUGUAGGCUGAAAAGCGAUGAGUACUAAAAUACAACACACAUAUACGUAUUAUAUAAACUAUAUAAUAUUAUGAUAGAGCUACUACCUCAUCUGCAGAUAUUGUUUUAGAGACUUGUGUCCGUUUUCUUGUUAUUUUGUUGUUCAGUUCAGGCUUCGUAUAUAAUUUACACAGAAUAUUGUCACAUAUUAUUUAAGUUUAAUAAUAACAAUACAAUGUAUUGAUACUUAAUUACAUAUAUAAUAUUAUUAUUAUUAUUAUACGCCGGACAAUAAAGAUUUUUUUUGUUUUCUUGA